UAGAAGAAUGCUUUUUCCUCCACUUCUUUUUUUCUUUAAAUUAGUCAUUUGUUGUCACCGUCUUCUUCUUCAUAGCAGCAACAUUUCAUCCUUUUACAAUCAAACCAAAACACCCAAAAUGGCCGACGGAGUUCUCUCUAACGUUGUCGGAGAUAUCAUUACCAAGCUGGGUUCUCGAGCCCUUCAUGAGAUCGGAUUGUGGUGGGGCCUCAAAGGUGAGCUUAAGAAACUUGAGGCCACAGUUUCUAGUAUUCGCAACGUUCUUCUGGAUGCUGAGGAGCAGCAGAAACUUAACCGUCAAGUGAAAGGCUGGCUUGAGAGGCUAGAAGAAGUUGUUUAUGAUGCUGAUGACUUGGUAGAUGACUUCGCCACAGAAGCUCUAAGGCGCCGAGUGAUGACUGGAAAUAGAAUGACAAAGGAGGUAAGUCUCUUCUUUUCGUCUUCAAAUCAACUUGUUUAUGGUUUUAAAAUGGGUCAUAAAGUUAAGGCGAUUAGGGAGAGGCUAGCUGAUAUUGAAGCUGACAGAAAAUUUAAUUUAGAGGUUCGUACGGAUCAGGAGAGUAUUGUAUGGAGGGAUCAAACUACGUCCUCUUUACCUGAAGUGGUUAUUGGGAGAGAGGGUGACAAAAAGGCAAUUACAGAACUUGUAUUGUCUUCCAAUGGUGAAGAGUGUGUUUCAGUCCUCUCAAUUGUUGGAAUUGGAGGAUUAGGGAAGACCACUCUUGCUCAAAUCAUAUUGAAUGAUGAAUUGAUUAAGAAUUCAUUUGAGCCAAGAAUAUGGGUGUGUGUUUCAGAACCUUUUGAUGUGAAAAUGACUGUUGGAAAGAUUCUAGAGUCUGCAACAGGGAAUAGAUCGGAAGAUCUUGGGUUAGAAGCACUGAAGUCUAGACUGGAAAAUAUUAUUAGUGGGAAGAAAUAUCUGCUUGUUCUAGAUGAUGUGUGGAAUGAGAAUAGAGAAAAAUGGCAGAAUUUAAAGAGAUUAUUAGUGGGUGGCUCUAGUGGAAGUAAGAUAUUAAUAACCACUCGCUCUAAAAAGGUGGCAGAUAUAUCUAGCACAAUGGCACCACAUGUUUUGGAAGGGUUGUCUCCGGAUGAGUCUUGGUCUUUGUUUUUGCAUGUAGCACUUGAGGGGCAGGAGCCAAAACAUGCAAAUGUAAGAGAGAUGGGAAAGGAGAUUUUGAAGAAAUGUCAUGGAGUUCCUCUUGCAAUAAAAACUAUCGCAAGUCUCUUGUAUGCGAAAAAUCCAGAAACUGAGUGGCUACCCUUUUUAACAAAAGAACUCUCAAGAAUAAGUCAAGAUGGUAAUGAUAUUAUGCCAACACUCAAACUAAGCUAUGAUCAUCUCCCAUCACAUUUAAAGCAUUGUUUUGCAUAUUGCGCAAUAUAUCCAAAAGAUUAUGUAAUUGAUGUGAAAACAUUAAUCCAUCUUUGGGUUGCACAAGGGUUUAUUGAGUCAUCAAGUACGAGUGAUUGUCUUGAAGAUAUUGGACUUGAAUAUUUUAUGAAACUGUGGUGGCGAUCAUUUUUUCAAGAGGUGAAAAGAGAUAGAUGUGGAAAUGUCAAAAACUGUAAAAUGCAUGAUUUAAUACACGAUCUCGCAAUCACAGUCGGUGGAACGAGGAUUCAACUAGUAAAUUCGGAUGCACCAAAUAUUGAUGAGAAAACCCAUCAUAUAGCAUUGAAUUUGAAUGUUGCACCACAAAAAAUUUUGAAUAACGCAAAAAAAUUACGAUCCUUUAUUUUGUUUGAGGAACAUGAUUACGAUCAACUGUUUAUUUAUAAAAAUUUAAAAUUUUUACAUGUAUUUAGAAUGCAUUUAUAUAAAAUAAAAAGAGUUGAUAAUUCUAUAAAAAUGCUAAAAUAUUUAAAAUAUCUUGAGAUUGCCGAUAACCAGGGACUUAAAGCUCUUUCAAAUUCUAUUACAGAUUUGCUGAAUUUACAUGUAUUAGAUGUCUCUUAUUGUGUCCAGCUCAAAGAAUUGCCUAAAGAUAUUAAAAAGCUUGUGAAUCUUAGGCAUUUAUAUUGUGAAGGUUGUUACUCUUUGACUCAUAUGCCAAGUGGGCUUGGGCAGUUGCCUUCACUUCAGACGUUGUCACUGUUCGUAGUGGCAAAAGGGCAUAUUACAUCAAGGGAUGUUGGAACAAUAAAUGAAUUGAAUAAGCUUAAUAAUUUGAGGGGACGUCUUGCAAUUAGAAAUCUCGGAUGUGUGGAUAAUGAGAUUGUAAAUGUUAAUUUGAAAGAGAAGCCACUCCUUCAAUCAUUGAAAUUAAGUUGGGAGGAGAGUUGGGAAGAUUCAAAUGUUGAUAGAGAUGAAAUGGCAUUCCAAAAUCUCCAACCACAUCCCAAUCUUAAAGAGUUACGUGUGCUUAACUAUGGAGGCAGGAGGUUCCCAAGUUGGUUCUCUUCCCUCACGAAUCUUGUCUAUCUCUGUAUAUGGAAUUGCAAGAGAUAUCAGCAUCUCCCACCAAUGGAUCGAAUCCCUUCUCUUCAAUAUCUAGAGAUUUGGGGAGUAGAUGAUUUAGAAUACAUGGAGAUUGAGGGACAACCAACAUCAUUCUUUCCAUCCCUAAAGACUCUCGAGCUAUAUCGUUGUCCUAAGCUUAAAGGAUGGCAGAAGAAGAAGGAGGAUGAUUCGACAGCUCUUGAGCUACUCCAAUUUCCUUGUCUUUCAUAUUUCGUUUGUGAGGACUGCCCUAAUUUGACCUCCAUUCCUCAGUUUCCAUCUCUCGAUCAUUCACUAUCUUUGCGGUACGCAAGCCCACAACUUGUGCACCAAAUAUUCACACCAUCAAUCUCUUCUUCUUCCUCAAUCAUUCCUCCUCUCUCUAAAUUGAAGAUCCUUCGGAUUAGGGACAUUAAAGAGCUCGAAUCUCUACCUCCAGAUGGACUGCGGAAUCUCACUUGUCUUCAAAGACUAACCAUUGAGAUUUGUCCGGCAAUAAAGUGUCUGCCUCAAGAGAUGCGUUCCCUCACCUCGUUAAGAGAAUUGAAUAUCAAUGACUGUCCCCAAUUGAAGGAAAGAUGUGGAAAUAGAAAGGGUGCGGAUUGGGCUUUCAUUUCUCACAUCCCAAAUAUUGAAGUUGAUGACCAAAGAAUUCAAAGAGAGGGCCGCUAUCUACUGGAUGAUGAAGCUUCGAUCAAUGAAGGAUAAGUUUUGAAGUGUUGGAUGUGUUUCUUCCAAAAUGAGCAGUGUAUUACCUUUGAGUUCGCUCAUCAAGCUAGAGGAAUCAUUUAUUUGUUUUUUACUCACCUGAAAUUCUAAUAAAUUGGGAUGUGGGAAACAAAUUCAAAGAGAUUUUAAAUGCAGUGGCAGAAGUGAGUAGACGUCGUGGAAAAGAUGUUAUUGCUGCAAUUAGUUUGAUUAAUUAGUCUUCUAAAUUAGGAUGAGAAUUGAUUGUGCUGAAGAGGUGGAAAAAACCAUUUAUUCUGAAAACAAAAUGUGAUUUCUGGGUAAACAUCAUAUUUCUCCCACACAAGGAGAUUUCUGGGUGCAUAUGUUCUUGGCGAGUGAAUAUGCAUUUUGAAUAAUUUUAACUGGACUUUCAUUUCUCCAUCAAGGCUCAUCAAGUAUGAGUUAUCAUUGGUAUGCUAUUGAAAUUCUGGGAUGCUGUUGAAAUUCUUAAUACAUUGGGAAGUGGUGAACCAAUGCAAAGGCUUGCCGAAAUCAUGCAUUGGCAGAAGUUACUCGAACACAUUAAGAAACCACAACUACAUGCCAUGGCAGCAAUUCCUUGAUUGGCUUGGCAUAAUUCGCCUUGAAAGAACUGCUAUUAAUGUGUGUGGCCUUCCAUAGAAGAAUUUCUACUUAUUGGAUGACUACUUUGAGUCUGUUGCCAGAAGAUUCACGCAAAGUAUUUGUGCAGUAAAAACAAAACGUGAGCUCUCCUCUUCUUCUGUCUUCAAAAAUAAUCGAUUCAAUGCUAAAUCACUACUGUGAAAAUCCUCCAUCUAGCUAUUAUCUUCAUAACUUACGCCUGUGGCAAAGAUGAUGGAGAUUCACUAAGCUGCGCAUUGUGCCCUUGACAUACCGGAAUAAAAACUCACCGGGAUAAGUUUCCUAUCUGUCACAGUUCAGAAAACAACUCAGUACAUAGUAAUCCUGCUGAGCGGAAGUAGAAAUGAAAGCUGAAUGAUGGGAGUUUUGCACACUUAUUCGAAUGACUUUUUGCAGGCCUGCGUAUUUCAGGAUCCAGAUUCUCGCUCAAGACCUCUGUUUCGAUCAUCCAACAUGCAAUGCCCCGACUCAUGCUGUGCUGCUUUUUUGUUUCUAAUUUCUCUUAUUUUAAGUAGUUUUGCUACUAUGCUAAUCAUUUGCUCAUUCAAUGCAAAUAACAUUAUUUUCCCUUUUUUCCCUGCGAAA